AUGCCCUGGAUGAGUGUGAAGGUAGGGGGCCAACGUCAAUUAGCGGAAGCCUUACGCAAGCUCGAGUGGGCUAGACCAGGCAAGGUUGCCUUGAAAUCCCUACUGACUAGUCGACCAUAUACUCGUAUUCAACGCGAGUUCAGCUUCUUCAACAAUCUCAUACCUGCCAUUCACUUAAAUGGGGAAGGUGAGGCCGAGGUCGAGAAGAUUUCCAGAGAGAUCAAUGUUGUUAUUGAAAGCAAGAUUAAGGACCUUAGCUCCUGGCUCCAGCUCCUACCUGAAGAACAGCAAACUCUGAAAGAGGAACUGAACCGGAUUCCGCAUCAGACAUAUCUCUGGGUCCACCUGAUAUUUGAAAUUAUCAAGGAUAGCGUCGACAUUACGAAAGAGUCUUUACGCACAGCUGUCCGCAAUCUUCCCCCAACAAUCGAGGCUGUUUACGAUAAAAUUCUAUGCAAGACUCGCAAUCCUUCAAAGGCAAAGAGGAUUUUGCAUAUUGUCGUAGCCGCUGUAAGGCCAUUGACUCUGGAAGAGAUGGCCCUGGCUCUGGCGAUCAGGGAAAAUCACAAGGGAUAUGGUGACCUCGACCUCGAACUAGGGGGCUGA